CUGAGCAAAAGGAAUCGCACACCGUGCCACCAAGUCAUGGCAAAACACGCCGCACCUGUGCAAUCCCACUGCCAUGCCCAAAACUCCAAAACGAAAUCACUAACAACAGAAAAGUGACUAAGCAGCCAAAGAGUAAUCUAGUUAGCUUCACCAGCUUUUCAAUUUCAUGUUCCAUCACUAAUCGCCACCUACAAAUGGAUAUAGCUAUCUUCUCUCCAUCAUCCCUCUUCUCCGAAGAUGAAAUUGCUACUCGUGAGGAAAAUGCAGACACUGAGGAGAGCUAUGUCGAGAGGAAGCACCAGUUUCCUGGGAUGGAGUUGAUUAUCCGAGAAUUUUCCUUUCAUCAACUAAAUGCUAAUUUACUCUGGCCAGGGACAUUUGCAUUUGCAGAAUGGUUAGUUCAGCACAGGUCAUGCAUUGAAGGACGGCGUGCCAUUGAGCUGGGGAGUGGCACAGGUGCUUUGGCCAUAUUUCUUCGGAAAUCAUAUAAUCUUGAUAUUACAACUUCAGACUAUGAUGAUCAAGAAAUAGAGAAGAACAUAGCUCAUAACUGCAGGGCAAAUGAAAUACCUGUCAUUCCUCACAUAAAACACACCUGGGGAGACAAAUUUCCAAAUUCUGAACCUGACUGGGACCUGAUUAUUGCAAGUGAUAUCUUAUUGUAUGUAAAACAGUAUGCAAAUUUGAUACAGACCAUUUCCUUUCUUCUCAAAUGUUAUAAGCCCCGAGAUAGGAGAGAAACAUCUCCAACUGACAAUGAUGAGAAAGACGGAGAUGUAGUGUUGCCACGGCCAGCCUUUCUAAUGAGCUGGAGACGCAGAAUUGGGAAGGAAGAUGAAUUGCUUUUCUUCAAUGGUUGUGAGAAAGCUGGUCUAAAUGUGAAGCAUUUUGGUUCACGUGUAUAUUGCAUCAAUCUCAUAGAAAAUGAGAUAUCAGAAACAAAAACUUGAUUAAUGAAAUUGGUAUUCAAGCAUGCAUGGGGGAGAAUGAAGUCUAAAUUGGAAGUUUUGUCCAUUAAUAGAGUUUCUUCUAGUCAUAGCUAUAGCUUCUGUAGAUUAAUUUGCAGCUCCUAGUUGAACUUUUCAUCAAUUUGAGCUUUGAGACUAACUAUGAUACAAUUUCUUUGACUUGUUUUAUUUCUUGUUAGUUUUUACAUCACCGGAUUUCAUUUCUUGGUUUUGAUUGUCACCAUUAAGAUCAUGUUUUAUUUUCUUGUGAGUUGUUACAUCACUGAAAUUCAAAUCUCUGUUUGGUUGUUAA